AGGCAUUUGGAUGAAAAGACAACAGAGAUGUUGGAGUGGGUCAUUAUUGCAACUCUCGCCUGUGUAUCGAGUCUUUUUCUCAUUGAAAUUUUGAAUACGAAGAAAACUGAAAUUAACGGAGCUCAUGCUGUGGUUACUGGUGGGUCAAGUGGUAUUGGAAAGGCUUUAGCGAUAAAACUGGCCAAAUGUGGAGCCAACGUGACAAUUAUCGCUCGAAAUAUGAGUAGACUAGAGGAAACAUUAAAAGAAGUGAAGAAACAUCUAGCUCCAGAGAGGAAGGUCUUAGCUUUGUCUGUAGAUCUUACUACUAAUGCAGAAGAUGUAGAGAAUACUUUAGAUCAGGCAUCUGAAGCCUUAGGCCCAAUAGACAUUCUUAUCAACUGCGCUGGCUUUGCAGUCUGUGGCUUGUUUGAAGAAACUUCAAUUGAGGAUUUUAAGGCAAUGAUAAACACUAACUAUUUGGCUAGUGUGUUCACAAGUCAUGCUGUCAUAAAAAGGAUGAAGCAGCGGAGAAAAGGUCACCUUGUGUUUGUAUCGUCAAUAGGAGGGCAGUUUGGUAUAUUUGGAUUUACAGCUUAUUCACCUUCAAAGUUUGCAGUUAGGGGUUUUGCAGAAACAUUGUUCAUGGAGGUGAAGCCUUAUGAUAUUGCUGUCUCUGUGGCUUUUCCACCAGACACAGACACACCAGGAUUUGAAAAUGAGAAUAAAAACAAGCCUGAAGAAACCCAUCUAAUAAGUAGCUCAGGAGGUCUUUUUACUCCAGAACAAGUUGCAAGUAACAUAGUUGUAGGGAUCAAGGACAGACGAUUCAUGAUAUCAUGUGGCUUUGAUGGAUACGUAGUGAGCACGUUGACAGCAGGUUUGGCUCCGAUCUCAUCGUUAAUGGAGCUACUAACACAAGUUAUUCUGAUGGGACCACUCAGAUUUGUGCUGGCAUUCUAUCUGUAUUAUUAUGAUCGUAUUGUGUUUAAAGGGAUGCAAAAGAGAGAACAAAGCAAAAAGACAGAGUAGAGGCGAGACCUUACCCUGUCACUGGUCAAAGUAAAUGCAUAUUUGAAAUACCGGCCGAUAGCAGCAUACCAGCUCAAGUGAGUGGAGGCGUUUUCCAGGGUCGGCUGAAGACGCCAUGGAACGAGAAC